AAAAUCAUUCCAGUUUCAUGCUUCAAAUUUCCAUGAAGUCAUUGGAGCUAGACGCCUGGCCUAGUGGCUCCCCUAAUUGGAGAGGGGCCCCUCACACCCCGAGCAAGCUAGCAGGAGAGAAGAGGCGCUGAGUUGAGGGCCCAGCGGUAGCUGAGCCGCCAGAGCAGGAAGUGGUGGGUCCCAGAUGUGAGUCACGCUCAUUAGGUAGACAGUUGGGGGAAUCUCCACAUGUGUGAGAUUGGACACGUCUGCUGCAGGCAGGCAGGGCUGCGGCACCUCCCUGCAGACUCAGAGACUGGCCCGGCAGCUGAGGGGUCCCAGGAGAGCCAGAGCUGAGGACCCCGCGUGUCUGACUGGCCUGUCCUGGACUCCAGCAGCAUUGUGCACCCACCUAGCCUCGUGCUGUCCAUGGAGCUGCAGGCCCAGCCUGCCCAGCCCCACCAGCCACCCCUGGAGAGACUGGAGGCCUAGGCCCGCAGAGGAGGGUGCUGGCUGGCAGAUGCCCUCAGGCUGCGGGGGAUGAGUGCUGGGGCUGGAGGAUGCCAGCCAAGGGGCGCUACUUGCUCAACGAGGGCGAGGAGGGCCCAGACCAGGCCAAGCUCUAUGAGAAGUACCGGCUCACCAGCCAGCACGGGCCACUGCUGCUCCUGCUCCUCGUGGUGGCCAUUGCUGCCUGUGUGGCACUCGUGGCCAUCGCCUUCAGCCACGGGGAUCCCUCGGAGCAGCAGGCUGUCCUGGGUACGGCAUUCGUGACGCUGGCUGUGUUUGUGGCUCUCUAUGUGCUGGUGUACAUGGAGUGCCUGGUCCGGCGAUGGCUCCGGGCCUCGGCGCUGCUCACUUGGGCCUGCCUGGUGACACUGGGCUAUGUGCUGGCCUGGAACGCAUGGAGGAGGGCGGCCUGUGCAUGGGCGCAGGUACCCUUCUUCCUGUUCGUGGUCUUCGUGGUGUACACGCUGCUGCCCUUCAGCAUGCAGGCAGCCAUCACUGUGGGUGUGGUCUCCACCAUCUCCCACCUCCUGGUGUUUGGCACCUUCACAGCACCCAGCGUUGGGAUGGGGCUGCAGCUGCUGGCCAAUGCCACUAUUCUCCUGUGUGGGAAUGUCACGGGUGCUUUCCACAAGCACCAGAUGCAGGAUGCCUCCCGGGACCUCUUCACCUACACUGUUAAGUGCAUCCAGAUCCGCAAGAAGCUGCGCAUUGAGAAGCGCCAGCAGGAGAACCUGCUGCUGUCCGUGCUGCCAGCCCACAUCUCCAUGGGCAUGAAGCUGGCCAUCAUUGAGCGGCUCAAGGAGGGUGGGGACCGCCGCUACAUGCCCGACAACAACUUCCACAGCCUCUACGUCAAGCGGCACCAGAACGUCAGUAUCCUGUACGCAGACAUCGUGGGCUUCACUCAACUGGCCAGCGACUGCUCCCCCAAAGAGCUUGUGGUAAUGCUGAAUGAGCUGUUCGGCAAGUUUGACCAGAUCGCCAAGGCCAACGAGUGCAUGCGGAUCAAGAUCCUGGGUGACUGCUACUACUGUGUGUCAGGCUUGCCCGUCUCCCUUCCCACUCAUGCCCGGAACUGUGUGAAGAUGGGGCUGGACAUAUGCGAGGCCAUUAAGCAGGUACGGGAGGCCACAGGUGUGGACAUCAGCAUGCGUGUGGGCAUCCAUUCGGGGAAUGUGCUGUGUGGCGUCAUCGGGCUGCGCAAGUGGCAGUACGACGUGUGGUCGCAUGACGUGUCCCUGGCUAACAGGAUGGAGGCAGCCGGAGUCCCUGGCCGGGUACACAUCACAGAGGCAACACUGAACCACCUGGACAAGGCCUACGAGGUGGAAGAUGGACAGGGGCAGCAGCGGGACCCUUACCUGAAAGAAAUGAACAUCCGCACCUACCUGGUCAUCGACCCCCGGAGCCAGCAGCUGCCUCCGCCCAGCCAGCACCUCCCCAAGCCCAAAGGGGAUGCAGCCCUGAAGAUGCGGGCUUCUGUGCGCAUGACCCGCUACCUUGAGUCCUGGGGUGCCGCACGGCCCUUCGCACACCUCAACCACCGGGACAGCGUGAGCAGCAGUGAGACCCCUGUCCCAAACGGGCGGAGACUCAAGGCCAUUCCCCUGCGGCGCCACAGGACCCCUGACAGGAGCACAUCCCCCAAGGGGCGGUCUGAGGACGACUCCUAUGACGACGAGAUGCUGUCGGCUAUUGAGGGGCUCAGCUCCACACGGCCCUGCUGCUCCAAGUCCGAUGACUUCUACACCUUUGGUCCCAUAUUCCUGGAGAAGGGCUUCGAGCGCGAGUACCGCCUGGCGCCCAUCCCCCGGGCCCGCUAUGACUUCGCCUGUGCCGGCCUUGUCUUCCUCUGCAUCCUGCUCGUCCACCUCCUGGUGAUGCCCAGGAUGGCGUCUCUGGGUGUGUCCUUUGGGCUAGUGGCCGGCCUGCUGGGGCUGGUGCUAGGCCUCUGCUUUGCCUCAGAGUUCACGAGAUGCUGCCCAAUUCAGGGGACGCUCCGGGCCAUCUCUGAGAGGGUGGAGACACGACCCCUGCUGAGGCUGUGCCUGGCUGUGCUGACCAUCGGCAGCCUGCUCACCAUCGCCAUCAUUAACCUGCCCUUGAUGAUGCCUGACUCAGCCCUGGGGCUGCCUGCGGGCAACGAAACUGCAAGGAGCGAAGACAUGACCUGGAGGGAGCUUCUCCCGUAUUACAGCUGCAGCUGCAUCCUGGGCUUCAUCGCCUGCUCUGUCUUCCUGCGGAUGAGCCUAGAGCUGAAGUUUCUGUUGCUGACAGUGGCCCUGGUGGCUUACCUGGUACUCUUCAAUCUCUCUGCCUGCUGCGGCCACAGCCUGGCCAACCUCAAUGACACCGAUUGCCCAGCCAACCUUACCAGGAUCAACAGAACCCUCAGCCACUGCUGUUCGACAAGGGAUCUGAGGAUCAUGAUCAACUUCUACCUGGUUCUGUUCUACGUCACCCUCGUCAUGCUGUCCAGACAGAUUGACUAUUAUUGCCGCUUGGACUGUUUGUGGAAGAGGAAGUUCAAGAAAGAACAUGAGGAGUUUGAAACCAUGGAGAAUGUGAACCGCCUCCUCCUGGAGAAUGUGCUGCCAGCCCAUGUGGCUGCUCACUUCAUCGGUGACAAGCUAAACGAGGACUGGUACCAUCAGUCCUAUGACUGUGUCUGUGUCAUGUUCGCAUCCGUGCCGGACUUCAAAGUGUUCUACACAGAGUGCGAUGUCAACAAAGAAGGGCUGGAGUGCCUGCGCCUGCUGAACGAGAUCAUUGCUGACUUUGAUGAGUUGUUGCUGAAGCCCAAGUUCAGUGGUGUAGAGAAGAUUAAGACCAUCGGGAGCACCUACAUGGCAGCUGCAGGGCUCAGUGUUCCCUCGGGGUAUGAGAACCAGGACCUGGAGCGCCAGCAUGCCCACAUUGGUGUCCUGGUGGAGUUCAGCAUCGCCCUCAUGAGCAAGCUGGAUGGCAUCAACAGGCAUUCCUUCAACUCUUUCCGUCUGCGAGUCGGCAUCAACCAUGGGCCUGUGAUUGCUGGAGUGAUUGGGGCACGAAAGCCUCAGUAUGACAUCUGGGGGAACACAGUCAAUGUUGCCAGCCGCAUGGAGAGCACAGGAGAACUUGGGAAAAUCCAGGUUACUGAAGAGACUUGCACCAUCCUCCAGAGCCUGGGCUACUCCUGCGAGUGCCGGGGGCUGAUUAACGUCAAAGGCAAAGGCGAGCUUCGGACCUAUUUUGUGUGCACAGACACUGCGAAAUUUCAGGGGUUGGGGCUGAACUGAAGGCUUCCGGAAGAGUCAAAACACGGUAGGAAGCUGGUUUCCUCUGGAGCAGGUCAGGAAGCCAGCCCCAAGCCAGUUGCAAAGUUGAUGGAAGGUUCUGGCCAGCACUGCCCCACAACAGGUGGCUGAGCAUGGCUUCCAGGGAUUUGCACCAGAAGAUUCUCAGAGAUGGGCACCAGGUCCUGCUUGGAGCAACUGCUUGCUAUAGGGCACAGUGCAGCCAGAACUUUUGUGCUGUCACUGCCAUGGUUUCCAGGUCAGCUGGAAGAUGAUCCUGGGAUGUGAUACCAACUGCGCUGGUGGUGAUCUUAGAGCAUGACCAAGACAGACAUCGCCCUUGGCAGCCUGUGAGCAUGCACAAAGAAGACUAAGCCAAGUUCUCUACCAUGGGUUGGAGGCUCUCUUCUUUCUAGCAGGACAAGCCACGUGAAGCUAUCUCCCACACAGAUGUGGAGCUGGAAAGGGUGUUUUACAAAUCCCCCAGUAGAGGAAACAAAACAAAACACAACAAAACACUUCUUGUUACCUCUGACAUGUGUUUUAAAUGGAUACAUUCCCAAUGGGGGUUUUAUCUUUACUAACAACUUUACAUGCUGGACAAAAACCUCCAGUGUAGUGUAAAUAGGGCUACUGUCCAGCGGCAGUCGAUGGGGUUAGCUGGCUGUGGGGCUUGAGUUCUGAGGAACGGACUCACAGCAAGAAGGCAAAGAGCAGUGAAGCCUGGGCUCUGAGUUGGGCAGCUCUGAGGGAAAUUUCCUGGGAUGAUGUUCAGUAAAGAUGAAACGCUUAGGAGCAAGGUACCACCUUUUAGUUCUGCCCUGACUACUUCUGCACUUUGGACCUCCCCCUGCCAUCUAACUAUCUUAUGCUAUUUCAGUGGGAAGGAAGGGAGGCCAUGUGGAGAAACCUUGGACAACCUGCACUACAUCCUUCCUUUUCUUUAGUCUUCACAUAGCUGACUCUGGCGAGCUUCAAAACUAGGAGGAUCUACUCAGCAUGAGAUGUGUCAAGGUUCCCCUACCCAGAAAGCCAGCUCCUGACAGAUGCUGAGAUGUUGUUGCUCUGAACCUGAAUGAGUCAAGGUAAAAAGCCAGUUUUGAGAUGGUGUCUUACCAUGCUUCAGCUCCACAGGGAGCUCAAGUCAGUGUAACUUUCAUGGAGAGAAAUAACCAAGCUUCGUGUUCCUUUUCCGAACUGACUUCACUGCUGUCAGAGCAUCUCUGGGAUCUCUAACACCACUGAAUGUCACUAUAUCGCAGGGAUUCAUUGCUAGAAGCCAGCCGUGAACCCCCUAAAGUUAUACAGAAAAUCUUGCAGGAGUCUUCAGGAGAUUGAUCAUACAGGGCUGUGAUGAAGUCCACACUUGCUGCAGAGCAGCACAAUAGUACGCAGGCAUGGGUGGAGGUGGUGCAAAUGGGCUUGUCUGCUCGAGUUGUGUUUUAUCAGCCUGAGGAAGGGGGGUUGAUUCUAAUUUGCAAAAAGGUGCUGGGUGGGCUAGUGGUGGUUCUAAUGUGUCAUAUGUAACUGGAAUUAACAUGCAUUCAAAAACUUGCUCUGUAAAGGAGUUCUAUGGCAAAAAUGCCAGCAAGGGAUAGAAGUUUUGCCUAAAAUUGCCUUUUUUAUACACUGCUUUCUCACAAAAAGGGCUGAUUUCAGGGGAAUACUGUACUGAAAUGUGUGCUCUCAAAAUCUAACAGUGGCCAAGGCUGCCCAGUUGGGUUUUCCUGGGGUAGGAGGGUCCUGUUGCUGACAUAAGGCAGACAUGUAUCAGGGCAUGAGUGUCCUUGAGCUCUGUGGUUUUUCUACUCUAGAAACAUUCAAGAUAUUUUCUUCCUUCAAUAAUAGAAAUCCCAGCAAGGAGUUUUAAAAAUAACUGGUCACCAUUCAUGUAUCUUAUUUUCAAUUAAAGCACUGUGCUCAGAUAAGACUAUUUUACAAAAUUUUAGUUUCCAAGUUCAAAUCAGAGUAUAACUGACCAUAUGAAUCACUUGUAGUUGUAUUUUUUCUUUUUACCAAGCAACUUCUUUGAAAGUGUCAUUUUGUUUUGGCAGGAACAAAUAUUUUCCAACAAUGACCUUUUCUAUUGGGUUAAAGACUGGCUUAAAAUUUUUACCUGUUAGCCUCACUGACUAUGGAAAAUACCUGAAGUCUUUCUGGUUUACUUAUUAAGGAAAUUUGCUAACAGAAAAGCUGAUCCUUACCCACUGUAUACUUUUGUCUGUAGCACAUCAAUGUAUGGAAAUACACUUUGAGAUCAUGUAUGCAGGUGAUAAAAGUUUGUUCUGUAUAAGGUUAUUUAUAAAUCUGUUACAUUGUUUUGGAUAUUUUGUUUCAUUUUUAUAAACUACCAGUGGAUGGCUGCUUUUGACACAUUAAAUUAGCAAUGUGGAAAACCUGAA